GUUUGACUCCCCUUCACUGUGGUGCUAGAAGUGGCCAUGAGCAGGUGGUGGAGAUGCUGCUGAACAGAGGAGCUCCGAUACUGUCCAAGACCAAGAACGGUUUAUCUCCUCUCCACAUGGCGACACAGGGCGACCACCUGAACUGCGUUCAGCUGCUGCUGCACCACGAGGUGCCCGUGGAUGACGUAACCAACGACUACCUGACGGCUCUACAUGUGGCUGCGCACUGCGGUCACUACAAGGUGGCGAAGGUCAUUUUGGAUAAGAAGGCCAAUCCCAACGCUAAGGCACUGAAUGGUUUUACCCCCCUGCACAUCGCCUGUAAGAAGAACAGAGUGAAAGUGAUGGAACUGCUUCUCAAACAUGGGGCGUCUAUACAGGCAGUCACAGAGUCUGGUCUGACGCCGAUCCAUGUUGCUGCGUUUAUGGGGCAUGAAAACAUCGUCCACCAGUUGAUCAACCAUGGGGCUUCACCGAACACAAACAAUGUGAGAGGGGAGACAGCGCUCCACAUGGCAGCGAGGGCCGGGCAGUCUGACGUGGUCCGAUAUUUGAUUCAGAACGGAGCACAAGUUGAUGCCAAGGCUAAGGACGACCAGACUCCGCUGCACAUCUCAAGCCGUCUGGGUAAGCCAGACAUCGUGCAGCAGCUGCUGGCAAAAGGAGCAUGCCCAGAUGCUACGACCAACUCUGGAUACACACCUCUGCACCUAGCUGCCAGGGAGGGUCACAGGGACGUGGCUACAGCUCUUCUCGAUCAAGGAGCUAAUCUGAGCAUCACAACAAAGAAGGGCUUCACUCCUUUACACGUUGCUGCAAAGUAUGGAAAGAUAGAAGUGGCCAACCUGCUGCUGCAGAAGAACGCUCCAGUUGAUGCUGCUGGGAAGAGUGGACUAACUCCACUGCAUGUGGCAGCGCACUAUGAUAACCAGAAGGUGGCGCUACUACUGCUCAAACAGGGAGCUUCACCCCACGCUGCAGCCAAGAACGGUUACACUCCACUGCAUAUCGCAGCCAAGAAGAAUCAGAUGGAGAUCGCCACCACUUUACUGGAGUACAGCGCCUCCACCAGCACAGUCACGCGUCAGGGUAUCACUCCCCUGCACCUCGCGGCGCAGGAAGGCAACGUGGACAUUGUGACCCUGCUGCUGGCCAGAGACGCUCCUGUUGGCACCAGCAACAAGUCUGGUCUGACCCCGCUCCACCUGGCUGCCCAGGAGGAUAAAGUCAACGUAGCCGAGGUGUUAGUCAACCACGGAGCCACAAUAGACCCUGAGACCAAGCUGGGCUACACCCCUCUCCAUGUGGCUUGUCACUAUGGUAACCUGAAGAUGGUCAACUUCCUGCUUAAGAAUCAGGCAAAGGUCAACGCUAAGACCAAGAACGGGUACACACCUCUGCAUCAGGCUGCUCAGCAGGGACACACGCAUAUCAUCAAUUUACUGCUGCACCACGGAGCUUCGCCCAACGAACUCACUGCCAAUGGGAACAGUGCUCUGUCAAUCGCCAGGAGGCUUGGCUACAUCUCGGUAGUUGACACACUCAAAGUGGUCACAGAGGAGACUCUGACCACUCAGACUGUGAUAGAGAAGCACAAGAUGAACGUCCCAGAGACAAUGAACGAGGUGCUGGACAUGUCUGACGAUGAUGUCUGUAAAGCCAAUGUCCCCGAAAUGAUCACAGAUGACUAUUUUUCUGAUGUGGAAGAAGAAAUGGAUGUUGGCAUUAUCAACAUCAGCUAUACUUGUGACGAUGCAAUGACUGGGGACACAGACAAAUAUCUGGCUCCCCAUGACUUGCGGGAACUGGGAGACGACUCGCUCCCACAGGAGGGCUACAUGGGCUUCAGCGUUGGUGCACGGUCGCAGAGCCUCCGUUCCUUCAGUUCUGAUAGGUCCAACACGUUGAACCGGAGCUCCUUCACGCGGGACAGCAUGAUGAUCGAGGAGAUCCUGGCUCCCACCAAAGACCCGCAUCUGUUGACGCCCAAGGACACCGACAACGACUCUCUGAGAAGGUACAGCUGGACGGCAGACCCACUGGAUAACGUCAACCUCGUCUCCUCACCGGUCCACUCUGGGUUCCUGGUGAGCUUUAUGGUCGACGCCAGAGGCGGCUCCAUGAGGGGAAGUCGCCACAAUGGCAUGCGCAUCAUCAUCCCACCGAGAAAAUGCACGGCCCCCACGAGGAUCACUUGCCGUCUGGUCAAGAGGCACAAGCUGGCUACUCCUCCUCCAAUGGUGGAAGGAGAAGGCCUGGCCAGCAGACUGGUGGAGGUCGGACCGGCAGGGGCUCAGUUCUUAGGGCCUGUGAUAGUGGAGAUCCCACAUUUUGCCUCGAUGCGGGGCCAGGAGAGGGAGUUAAUCUUGCUGCGCAGUGAGAAUGGAGAAUCCUGGAAGGAACAUCUAUAUGACAGCAAGACCAACGACCUCAAUCAGCUCCUCAAUGGGAUGGACGAAGAACUGGAUAGCCCUGAGGAGCUGGAGAGGAAGAGGAUCUGUCGCAUCAUCACCAAGGACUUCCCACAGUACUUUGCUGUGGUGUCCCGGGUCAGACAGGAGACCCAUCAGAUGGGACCAGAGGGCGGAACUCUCAGCAGCCGGAGCGUCCCAUUGGUUCAGGCUUCCUUCCCUGAGGGGGCGCUAACAAAAAAAAUCAAAGUCGGAUUGCAGGCCCAGCCGAUUCCUGAGGACACUGUAAAGAAAAUUCUUGGUAACCGAGCAACCUUCAGCCCCAUUGUUACCGUGGAGCCCAGAAGGAGGAAGUUCCACAAGCCCAUCACCAUGACGAUCCCCAUACCUCCGCUCUCAGGGGAGGGGCUUACUAACGGUUACAAAGGAGACAGUACACCCUGCCUCCGGCUCCUCUGUAGCAUUACAGGUGGUACAUCUCCAGCACAGUGGGAGGAUAUCACUGGAACAACCCCCCUCACGUUUGUCAACGAUUGUGUCUCUUUCACUACUAAUGUCUCUGCGAGGUUCUGGCUAGCAGACUGCCACCAGAUCCCCGAGACGGUGAGCUUGGCCACUCAGCUCUAUAGAGAGCUGAUCUGUGUGCCCUACAUGGCAAAGUUUGUUGUGUUUGCUAAGAUGAAUGAUCCAGUGGAGUCCAGCCUGAGGUGCUUCUGCAUGACAGAUGAUAAGGUGGACAAAACCCUGGAGCAGCAGGAGAACUUUGAGGAGGUGGCAAGGAGCAAAGACAUAGAGGUUCUGGAGGGAAGACCCAUCUAUGUGGAUUGCUAUGGGAACUUGGCUCCGCUGACCAAAGCUGGUCAACAGUUAGUUCUUAAUUUCUACGCCUUCAAGGAAAACCGUUUGCCCUUCUGUGUUAAGGUUAGAGAUCCCAGUCAAGAGCCUUGCGGUCGCCUCACUUUCCUUAAAGAGUGCAGGUCAACAAAAGGCUUCCCACAGACCGCUGUGUGCAACCUGAACAUCACGCUUCCCACAGUGAAAAAGGAAUCGGAGUCAGAUGCCGAGGACGAGACUGAAAAGCCAGAUCGACGUCAUACCUUUGCAUCCCUAGCCUUACGUAAGCGCUACAGCUAUCUGACCGAGCCUGAAAAGAAAACAGCAGUUGAACGAAGUGCAGCAACAAGAACACUGCCUUCUGGUCACCCUCACAAACCUGUCUUUCCAACCAGACCUUACCCACCAUGGUCGACUGCUCCUAUUACCGUCCCUGGCCAAACAAGGCUCAUCGGAGUGGGGGGUCUCCUCGCCUCUGCCGAUUCACCGGCAGGCUCACCAGCUGGUUCUCCACUAAAAUCUGCCUGGCCCCUCUCAGCGCCUUCCCCUGCAUGUCCCACAACUAUAAAAGCAAUCUCGGGUGCAUCACCCCCAACACCUGCCUCUUCGUCUCCAGUUAAAUCAAUCAGUGACAUACCAUCAUCCCCAAUCAGAUCUUACAGGACUGUGCCUUCACCUAUUAAAACUGUUGUCCAACAGGGUCCAUACCCCAUUUAUGGGUCUUCUAUCCUUGCAACAUCUGGAAGUAAACCAGCCACAGAUCCUGCUUCAAUUAAAAAUCUUGCAUCAGCAUACACAACAAGGAUCCCUCUACAUCCUUCAAUACCAAAUGGUUCUUUAUCUGAGAGAACCUCAGCCCCUACUUCUUCUGUCACAUCACCGAAAUCACUGUACAACCUGUAUGGCUCUAAUCUGCCUUUUAAAACUACUCAUGUUACCACAGCUACUACAGAAGCCACCUCAUUUUCUUCUGUAAAGAACAUCUCUAGCCUGUCAUCUCUAAAGACGUCUGUCGACUCCACGCUCACAUCUCGAGGAGGCAGGACAUCCAUCUCAUCCCUUUCUUCAGCUGGUCAGAAUACCAUUUCUUCUUCCGAUUUUUCCAUGAUGAACGGAUCAGUCUCGCCGAUUAAAUACCCAUCGUCCUCCUCCACCCCGUCCUCGCCUUCUUCACGUCUUCUCUCAGAGAGAAGCAACAGUCUUCAGGAGAGGAUCCAAGCCACCACCCAUGCAGCAACUUCCAGUGUCAGUGCAGCCAUAAAUGAAGCUUUAGACUCAUACUCAGUCUCAGGGUACGGCACACUUAGGUCACUGUCAUCUUCGCGCAGAUCUGCUACAGCAACUCCACCUUAUGGUUCCCUGAGAUCUGCAUCUACCACCCCAAGUCCAGCAAUCUCAUCUAAUUCAAUGACUGUCCCUGUUUAUUCGCUUCUCAAUGUCAUCCCUGACAGCCCUGUCAAACCAGGCCCUGGGUCUCUGAAAAUGGCACUGCCUGAUUCCCCUCGUACCUCAUCUUCUUCUUCUUCUUUCCCUUCAUGUGUCACUGGAACAAAAUUGAAAUCCCAGUUAAAAUCCCCUCCAUUUAUAACACCACCAGUAAUCCAUCCAACUGCAGCCUCCAAUCAGGAGAUACUGAAAGAUGUAGCAGACAUGAAACAGGAUCUAAUUAGAAUGACAGCUAUUCUCCAGACAGACACACAGAUGGCUGCUAAAACUGUACAAACAUCAAACACUGGCACUCCUAAAGAGUCUAAGUUAGAAGACCAGGAGCCACACACACUUGUUGAGAAGGUAAAAAAAGAUUUAUUCAAAGUCAGUGAGAUACUACAGAAAGAUAUAAUGGCCGAAGGUAAGGCAGGUAAAGAGACAAGCUCAGAGGAGGAAUGGGAGGAAUUUUCCAGAGAUGAGAUUGAGGAGGCUCAAAGAAGUGCCCUCCAAGACUAUUACCUUCCAUUUGAAGAAAACACUCUUUUUAAGCACCAGUCGAUGUCUAGCAAAGAAUUGGAGUUAACUAAAGUAGUAGAUUACUUAACAAAUGACAUUGGGGCCAGUUCUCUGUCAAAAAUGGCAGAGUUGAGAAGUAAGCAUGAGGAUGAGGUGAAAAAGGAAGGGGAGGAGAAACAAAAACGAGUCCUCAAGCCAUCAAUGACCAUACAAGAGCACAAACUCAAAAUGCCUCCACCAGUUUCAGGCAUGAUUAGGUCUCCCUCAGAAAAAGACUUAAGCAAGCUUGCUGAGUCGUACCAAGGGUCAGACACAAUCUUGGAAUCCCCUGAGGAGCUGUCCCAUGAGCAGGAUAAGAGUCCCCUGUCAGACAGUGGGUUUGAGACGAGAAGUGAAAAGACACCAUCUGCUCCUCAAAGUGCAGAGAGCACAGGUCCUAAACCUUUAUUUACAGAUUCCCCGAUACCCCCAUGUGUAACUGAGACCAGAACUGAGGUAGUACACAUUAGAAGCUACGAGCAGCCCGAUGACCUUUCCGAGCCUGGACUCAUGGAGGAGGCUGCAUCUGCUUUACCUCCUUUAGAGCCAGAAAGUUCAUCAACUAAACCUUUACAGAUGAAAAUGUCAGAAGAUGAUGCCUUAAUGAACAAAAGCAUGUGUCUUAAAGAGGAAACUCAUAUCACUACCACAACCCGUAUGGUGUAUCACAAGCCCCAACUGACUGAUGGCACAGAGAUGAUAGAGGAAGGCAUGUCAGUCAGAGAUAUCAUGAAAGCUUUUCAGUCAGGCCGAGACCCAUCUAAAGAACUGGCAGGCCUCUUUGAACACAAAGCUAGCCAAGACUCAGUCAAAGGUGACGAACUUACUCCAAGGUUUUUAGACCGAGACAUUAAAUCCAAACCUAAAGUUGAGAGAAUAAUUGAGGUUCAUAUUGAAAAGGGCCACAGCACAGCAGACCCAACUGAGGUAAUUAUCAGAGAAACAAAGAAACACCCUGAGCUUUAUAUCUACAAAAGUGACCGUGGAAUAAAGGAGCUUACAGAUUAUGAUGAGGCCCAACAGGAAGAAGAGGAGCUUACUGCCGAAGAAUCUCUGCCCUCCUUCCUGGAAACAUCCCGCGUUAACACGCCAGUGUCACAAGAAGAGGACAGUCGCCCAAGUUCUGCCCAACUUAUAGGAGAUGAUUCAUAUAAAGCUCUAAAACUAUUAAGUCAGCACUCCAUAGAAUAUUGUGAUGAUGAAUUAUCUGAAGUUCGAGGAGAGUCAUAUAAGUUUGCUGAGAAAAUGCUUCUCUCAGAAAAAAUUGAAACAUCAUUGCAGUCUUAUUCAGAUACAGAGGAUCCCUCAACUGUGGCUGACAAAGACCACCACCGAGUUUCUGAGGAGACUGGUAGGUCUGAGGGUGUAAUUCAAGGACAAGGAAGCCCCAAAAAAGAGUUUGUUUCAUCAUCAAAGGAUGGCUCCCCUAAAUCAGGUAAAUUCAUGCAUAAGGAGGAACCAUCUCAGUUCGAUAAGGUGACAGUGCUCCAUUACUCAACAGAACCAGGCAGCCCAAAACAUGCCGUUUGGAUGAGAUUCACAGAGGACAAACAUGAUAGAAGUAGAGACAAACUGCUUUAUGAGGAUCGGGUAGAUCAGACAGUGAAGGAAGCUGAAGAAAAACUUAGCGAGGUUUCUCAGUUUUUCCGUGAUAAAACGGAGAAGCUUAAUGAUGAGCUACAGUCCCCAGAAAAAAAGCCAGUAAGACAACUGAAGGAGCCUAGAUCCUGGCCUAGUUCACCUAGCAGCAGCCCAGAGAAAAUACUACAAAAAUCUAAAGCAGGGGAUGAGUUGUACAGUAAAACCAAACUUAAGGAACCUUCGGUUGGUAAAUUCUUCAGCAGCGCCACAGCAGUUGAAAAGAAAAGUUCUAGCUUACCAAGCAGUCCUCAGAAAAGUGUUUUUUCUAGUAACAUUCAAGAAAAAAUCAAACCAGAGCCAAAGACCAGUGCGUCUGAACCCUCUUCUCCAGCUCAUUCUACUUCAACAUCUAAGGUCAGUGCAGUGAGGAUGAAGUUUGAAACUGCAGCUCAGAAGGUCAGUCAAAGUCAGUCUAGUCCUACUAAAAUUCCUCCACCAGUGCAACCAAAGCCAUCAGUUAAGAAACUGCAGGAAAGCAAACUUCCUGUUUAUCAGUUCUGUACCGGAGGAAAAGCCUCAAAAGUAUCUGAGGCAUCAGAAGAACAUGUACAAAAAAAGAAUGAAAGGGACAAAGAAGAUAGUAAGCCUGAGCUGGUACCCAUCUCUAAAGUUCCCAAAUCAGACAAACUUCCAAAUAAAAAUGUCAUUGUGCACUCUCACGACAUUAAUGAAACUAAGACUGAUAAAGUAGCACCUAAAGGUAAAGAUAGCCAGUUUAGUCCAAUGCAGGAAAUUAAGGAGAGUGAUAAAAGCCAGACAGUUAAGACACCUGUUGUUUGUGACAGUGAUACUAAAAAGUACCAACAGAUCACAAAAGAUGUAUCAUCCACCAAAGAUGGAAAGCCUGAACUGUCCUUAAAGGACCCAGAGGAACCACUAAACAAAAACCUUAGAAAAAAAACGGAAUCCCAGAUUCCUAUAAGAAAAACAUCCCCUUGCUUAGAUAACAACCUCACAAAGAAACAGAUAACAGCAAAGCCCUCACAGAUACCUACAUUAUCUAAACCCAAAAGUCCAGAGACAGGUCGAGCAAAAACAGAUCUAACCUUUGAAAUUCUGGACAAUUCACCCAAAGAUUCCAACUCCAAUAACCUCCCUAGCCCCAUAGAAAUACUGGAGAAAGUAAUAACCCCUCCAGUUACUGUAACAACCAAAGAAAACUUCAAGGGCAUCAAAACAUUGCCUGUUUAUGUCCAGGUUGGUAGGCAAGCAGAGAGGGAGGCAAAGGGAUCACUGUACACAGUCAAACAGAAAUCAAGCUCUGCAAUUAGUCCCAUAAGCCCAGAGGAUGACACAUUAGAGCAAGUUUCUUUCAUAGACAGCUCAGGUAAAAGCCCCCUUACACCAGAAACCCCCAGCUCUGAAGAAGUCAGUUAUGACCUCACAUGCAAAACUCCUGAUGGCUUUAUUGAAUUCCUUUCCGGCAAGCCGAGCCCCAUCAUGGAGGUAUCUGAGGACUCAGAGGAAGAUGGUCAAGGAAAUACAGUGUUCUCUCUUAAAGAGGCAAAAACAGAAAGUAAAACUAGUGUUCAUGAUGCCCAAGCAGACUUUGUUAAUGCUAAUAAAGAAGAAACAAAAAUGAAUGACAAUCAGCAAGAGUUACCUGAUAAUUUAAUAAAAGAAGAAACGGUCAACAACAUGCUUGGUGAAAUUAAAGGCCAGGAGCAAAAACAAGUGUCUAAAGACAAGGGUAUUGCAUAUAUCGAGUUUCCUCCCCCUCCCCCUCUGGAUUCAGCUUCAGAAAUUUCAGACACAGAGAGAAAAGACUCAUGUGCCUCUUCAGAGACUGAGACUGAAAUGAUGGAAGUGAAUUUACAGGAGGAACAUGACAAGCAUCUGACCGAACCAGUUAUACGUAUACAACCCCCUACUCCAGUUCCCCCUAGUACAGAUGACAGUCAGUCAAAUGCGGAAGAUGAUGAUGAGUCAAUCUUCCAACCAAUUCCUUGUAAGAAAUUGACCUCCAAAGUUUCUGAGGAGGAGGAAAAUAAAAGGGAGAAAGAGAAAACUCCUAAAUCCAAAAGACAUGAUAAAAAUGGCAACAAGGAACCUGGUGGGACCAAUGGCUCCAAUGGCUCCACCAAUGGAUCUAAAGGUUCCAACGGUAAAGGGGAUGAUAAUGACUGUGAACAAAAUGGAAAUGACCAGUCAAUAACAGACUGUUCAAUAGCCACAACAGCUGAGUUUUCACAUGACACAGAUGCCACAGAAAUAGACUCACUCGAUGGCUAUGAGCUUCAAGAUGAGGACGAUGGCUUGUGCGAACAGGCAGAUUUACGCCUUUUUGGACUUCCUGACAGCCGGAGAGAUGUCUGGGCAACAGACACAUUUAGGUCUUCUGACCGCUCUUUUCCUCAGACCAAGCUGGAAGUUAUUGAGGAGGAGAAGACCCCUGAGGAAUGCCAGAAGGACAUUUUGAAAAAAGAUACAUCCACACGUAAUGGAAAGACGGAUGACGUUAGUAAUGAUGGAGCUAAAGCCCAGGAACAAAGACUCUCAGACAAAGAAGGAUUUUCAGACUCUUACUUUAGUUACAAAUUAGAAGAGGAAUUAAAUUCUCCUUUUAAGACUGUGGCCACUAAGGGCCUGGAUUUUGAUCCAUGGCCCAGUAAAGGUGGAGAAGGAGAAAUUGUUGACAUGGGUGGGACACGGGGAAACAAUGGGGAGCCAAAGCCUUAUGGACUAGCGGUCGAAGACCAGUCUCAGGCUACAACAGCGGAAACUACCCCUGCCCAAACUCCAACGGACGAUAGCACGCCAACGAGCGAACCAAACCCAUUCCCCUUCCAUGAAGGGAAGAUGUUUGAGAUGACACGCAGUGGUGCGAUUGACAUGAGCAAGAGGGACAUGGUGGAGGAGAGGCUCCAGUUUUUUCAGAUUGGUGAGCAUUACUACUCGGCGGGCAGGUACAGGGUCAACGACUUUGAGAAAGAUGCCUCCUCACAACACAGAGAUGAGUUUAAUUCUCAGUAUACCUUACCAAUCCCUGAAGUUUCCCUUCAGACUACAACUUUAGAGAUAUCCAAUGUGUCUGGUUACAGCACAUGCAGAGAGUCAGCUUCCAACAAUGAGCCAAAAUUCUCCACUUUUAGAACAGGUUCAAAGCCAGCAUCUUCUGAUGCUUCAAAUAGCACUUCUAAAUAUACAAGCACCUUUGAUGGCAAUACUAAUGAAGUCUCAGGGACCACUGUAGAUAGAUUUUAUUGUGUUAUGCCAGACUAUGCAGAUUGCUGUCAUUUUAAUACAACAAACAAAGUGGAUGACUCUUUGAGAAGACCAUCUUUUGUCAUGGAUCACGAUUCGAAUGACAAUAUUUGUUCAGACACACCAAAACAGACCCCAGAAUAUGAAAAGAGUUAUUACCAAAGCACAGCUUUUCCUUCAGAACAGACAAUAAAUCUGCAAAGACUAAGCAGCAAUACUAGUAGCACUAUCCCUGACUCGUAUUUAGGUAUUUCUCAUACUGGCAGUAUUGUGUUGAACUUGUCGUCCUCUUCAAGACCAACACAGAAGGAGGUCAGUGGGACAGAUGCCUCUCUAAGCCAGUUAGAGGAACACCACAGUGAGAGCGGGACUGUUUCUAAUGUAGCAAUAUCAAAAACAAAAGCCAAAGGAAUCACCGACCAUAUAAUCAGAUCGAGGUUACCCUUGAGGGUAGAUAGCCACAAACUAUGCAGCCAAAGGCACAAAGUAGUGAUGGGUAUUUCCAAAGAAAAUGUUAAUGAAUUCCCUUUCACGACACAUGAGAUGAAACAAAAAGUUAGGAAACGAUUGGACCCUUUUGAAUCUUUAUUUCCUAAAUCCCGAAUCCCUAUGUUGAAAGUCAUUAAAAAACCCUCUUCUUCCCAUGGAAAGACACUGGUCAGAAACAAUCCUACAGUCAGACAUAACAAUGUUAGUAAGGGAGGAACUCAACAUAAACACAUAGACGGGGCAUUGAAAGCCCAAAGCAGAGAUAAAAAGAGUGCAGUAGUCCUAAAGAACUUUACUACAAAGUCUGUUAAUAUCCAGGCAGACAACACUUUAAAUAAAACCAAAUCCAAGGAGGCUGAAGCUAAGUUAGCAAGAAAAUCUCUGCCCACUGAGGACAAGAAGAGCCACAGCCUCAGCACCACCAGGAACACUUCCCUGUCAGGACCAUCUAGAGCUUCUAGGAGUUCCCGUCCUUCCUGCACCUCUACCUCCACCCCCACCUCCACCACCACAUCACCAUCACCCACUAGAGAUGUCAGUCAGAGGAUGAGGACGAGCAGGAGGAAGAUUAGGCGGACACAUGGAGGGAAGCAGCGUGAGCAGAUGGAGGAAGGGAGUCAGGUUGAUCAACCAAUCACGACUCGUGUGAUGGAGAACGAGACUAGCCCUCAGAGCCCCUGUGAGAGAACAGACGUCCGAAUGGCGAUCGUAGCCGACCACCUCGGCCUCAGCUGGACCGAGCUGGCCAGGGAGUUGAAUUUCUCUGUGGAAGAAAUCAACUUCAUCAGAGUUGAAAACCCCAAUUCCCUGACAGCACAGAGCUUUAUGCUCCUAAAGAAAUGGGUGUACAGGGAUGGUAAAAAUGCCACAACGGAUGCUUUAACUGCGGUGCUGACUAAGAUCAAUCGGUUGGAUAUUGUGACUUUGCUGGAAGGGCCCAUAUUUGACUACGGUAACAUAUCAGGCACACGCUGCUUUGCCGAUGAUAACGCAGUAUUCCCGGAUCAGUCCGAUGGAGACCACAAUAUAGAUCUGGAACUGAAAACCCCAACAGGCCUCACGUACGUCCCCUGUACCCCGCUACGCUCCGACGAAUUCUUUGGUGAAGGUGAAGCUAGCGUAGUGUCCCCUAGUCGGACCACGCUCACCAGACCUAGCGACCUCUCCCUAGCUCAGACCACGAGCACCUCCAGCAGCGAUCCCCCCACGGUGGUCCCAGCCCCUGGCUCAGAGCCUCCUAUUGCAGGGCCUGAAGACACAAUUCUGACUGGAGGAGACAGAGGGGUGUCUGUGGAGAUGCCAGAUAAUGACCGAAGGGCAGGGAACCUCAACGAAGACGGUUCUCAAAACGGAAGAGAGAAGGAAGAGGAAAUGACCCAGGAGAGGCUGCGGAGUCUGCUGGAGGAUAUACAGCUGGAGGGAGGCGUGGAGGAAGAGGAGAUGACUGAAGAGAGAGUGAAUGCGAUCCUAGAACAAGUACGGCAAGCAGAACAAAACAUUUCUUCAGUUCCAGGCUGGAGGACGGAGACGUCUGGAGCCACGGCUGGACACAGCGGCAAGGACACGGAGAGCAGCCCUGACAGUCCAGCCGACUCCCUGGAGCAGCCGCCGGCUCAGAACGGAGGUCACGCAGAGUUAGGGAGGGAAGGGAGGGAAAAAGAAGCCAAAAGGAAGGGGACCGAGGAGGACAGCAGGACAGCGGGACCCAGCAGAGGACGGGAGGACGUAGGUGACAAGACCCAGCACAAAGUCCAGGAAACCAUCAGAGCUGAUGAGUCCGGCUCUGACAACGAGACCACCGUCACCACCAGGGUGUACCGCAGACGGGUCAUACUCAAGGGAGAGGAGGCCAGAAACAUUCCUGGACAGUCUGUUACUGAGGAGCAUUUCAUAGACGAAGACGGCAGUCUGGUCACCAGAAAAGUUAUCAGAAAGGUGGUGCGUCGCGGUUUCAACUCACAGGAAAGGAGGGAAGGUGAAGUCCAGAAUACACCAGGGGAAGGCGCUUUGGGUGUUGAUGUAGGCGAAGCAGUUGCUUCUGGAUCAGCAGAAGCUACAGCAGAGAACAAGGGGGGUAGAGGCAAGAAAAGAGGGAAGCGCUCCCGACAUGGCCACAAGGAGGAACCCCAGAGAGAGAAAACACAGCCUGGAGACGGUUCCAACAAGAAGCACGGGAAAAAGAGUCAGUCUUAACAACAAAGCUCUAAUAUAAACCUGGUUUUCAAACGCUCACAGCAUCUCCACACUCGGACAAACACCUGAGCUGGAGUCCACGAAGAAGCAGCAGCUCGGGAGGACUGUGUCAAGUCAGCCGAAACGUAUUAGAAACAAUCACCCACAGCGCAUGGUUUACAACAAGACGACGUUACUUUUCCUUGAUUUCGCAUGAGCAUGCCACUGAACUCACUCACUGUCAGUAAAAAAACAACAACAACAACACACAGGGGGCCACUCGUGGAUGUGAGCGCGAACCUUCGCUCGUCAGCGGCUAACGAACUGCAUCUGCAGCCAGAGAGAAUAACUGCUGACAGAACAGACUCCACUCUCUCAGACACUCGCCUCUUACUGUGCUUUUAUUUUAUUUCCUCCUGAAUCUCAGACAGCAGCACUGGAGUGUGCCAUGUGGUUCCUUUUUUUUUUUUUUUUUUUUUGAAUAAAAUCUAACAAUAAAUUGUGAUUUUGUUGUAUAUAAAUGACACUGUAUAAAAACAAAAAAAAAAUAGUAGCUUCACAGAUUGUUUAUGCACUGAUUUGAGCUGGUGAGGCUUUGCAGAGUCAGUGCACUUGACUGUGUGACCUGAUUUGCUCUUCCUAAAUAAUGUAGAGAAAAAAAAAGCAUCAAAACAGCUCUAUGAGAACGAUGAACGAAUGCAUCAGCUUAAUUUUACACGUUGGGUAUCUGUUUUAACCGUUCCUCUGCUGUGGAACAUUCUUGAAAGAAAUUAUAUUUUGCUGCAUGUUCUGUCACUUUAUUUUUAAUGUUUUUUUUUUUUUUUCUCCCCCUUCUAAUUUUAAAGCACUGUAAUACAAUUAGAGAUGGUUUGACAGAACUCCUUUUUCUGUUCAGGUUCAUAAUAACACAAAUGUGUAUCAUCUGUGGCUGUCUUAGAUUUAAUAAACAUGCUCCCCAUUCAAGUUGUGGGACAGUAAAGCUUCGCUCUUUUGAUCCAGCAAAGUGCAGACGGUUUUGUCGGAUGUAACCUGCGAGCUGGAAUAUUAGCUCUGAGCUGCCAGCAGCCCUGAGUAUGUAUGUACUGGAUGUGUAAGGGUGUGUGUGUGUGUGUAUGUGUGUGUAACACCAUAAAACUUUGUUUCCCAUCAUGCAUACUAUAGAUUUUAUGUCUACAGGUGUUUUUUAAAAAGGGGACUGUUUUUAUGUUAGGUUUUUACAACAUCCAUCUUGUUUAACUGUUGAACAUAAUCAGAUUUUUAGCCUCAAUCACCUUACUGUAACUAUACCAACAGCUGGAAACACAAAAAAUCACACUCGUGACGGCACGUUGGUGAAAAUGUUAUUUUCUUUUAGUGUAAAUUUUAUUUUUCGUGGGGUUUGUUUUCCUUUUAAUACAAAUCUACCCUAUUCAUGUACUGAUGGUAAAUCUGGUACCAACAUGUAUGACAAACCAACAUAGCCAACCCUGGAUGACUCAAGUAAUUAUUUAAG